AUGGCCUCGCGAGUGUUUACCUGGCCUCAAAAUGACCCUCGCCGUUCGCGUGUAAACUGUCCCUACUUGGUAUUUAACUGCCACUGCCAGGUGCCUGUCACUAGCCCGCGCGCCAUGCAGCCCGCUGUUGCUGUUAUCGUUCUCCUCGUUGCCCUCGUGACCUCAGCCGCUUCUAAGCCUCUCGUGGAGUCCGACGUCGAGAGAUACCUGGUUUCACUCAAGAAACGCUGUUACGACGACGACACUGGCGUCGAAGUUGUGAAACGUCACCUCUACAGAGCAGUCAAUGCGAUCCUUGAUCGCGUGAAGGCGUGCAUAGCCAGUCGCAUUCCUAUUCGGCAGUGCGCAGUUGACGUGGUGCGACGCGACGACACGAGUUGCCACGAGCAGCCAACCAAUACGACCUCGUUGACACUGGACACGCGUUACCCCAACGAAGACGGCUCCAGGGGGACACGCGUGGUAGAUGGUGAUGGCGGGGAUACCGCGAACUCACGCAAUUCCACCAAUCACAGGCACCAUUUUAGUUUGGACGGUGAUCAUCAUGUGGUCAGUGCGAAGGACGAAAUCUUUUGCCUCUGUGAUGGGUCCUACGACACGGGCUCACCGUGCAGCUGUGCAACGUAG